AUGACAUUCUACACCAGUAAUACGGAUAUCCUUGAAGUGGAAUACGAAGUUAAACGCAUCAGCCGUGGCCGUUAUGGUUUCAGUGGAUUUUUAGAUUUUAAAACCGAUUUAGAUGACAGUGUUCUUGUGGAUGUUUCGCUAAAACGCAGUCAAAGGAGAGAGGGACCCUAUCGAGAUACAUCAAUGAAAGCCCCUAAUGUUACACUAUCCACUGCCAUGAAUGUGUACUACAAACUCAUGAUAAUGGACACUGUGGCUGAGUGUUGUGAAAAUGCUCCCGUCUUCAAGAAAAGGUUUGAGGCACCGCUUACGAAACGUCGCGUUAUAAUUAAUGAGUGCGAAAUGUCACAAGAUGGGAUGCCUUUAAUUAUGCCUGACGGAUUUUAUCUGUUACGCACCUCCUUUUUUGGGGAUAACUUUCAUGCCUAUUUGGACACUUUAAUAUUGAUCACAAAUGAAUAA